AUGAGCUAUCGAGAGGAUGACUACGAAGCAAGGGGAUCAUCCUAUGGUCCAUAUGGUGACCCCUAUUCCUUCCAGAACAGUGGCCCAUCGCACUCGCCACUGAGAUUCCCAAUACCGACCUCGUCUCAAGCGACUUGUAUUCCUCCCUGGAGUCGAGCUGGACCGUCCGUACCUCCUUAUGACCCCCUAAUCCAUCGACCACAGGGACCCUCUCCAGGAUGGAUGGAGAACGUUCCUCCCCAAUUUGUCUGGACUGACCGAUCAUAUCGGCACUCGUACGAUCAUAGCAACAUGUCGCACAGCUAUAUUCCACCUUCUCGUUCGGCUGGAAGAGACUACCUAGCAAGCCUCAGCACGAGUAUGGCGGGCCUUUCCGUUGAGCAACGUUGUCCAGAAGGAACAACUUAUGAUCGUGAUAAACCUUUGCCUCGCCUUCCGCCUCCUCCAGACCUCCCGCCACGCCCUCAAUCGGAGACUGUGACUUUGGUUUACCCGACCAUCGACAGUCCAAGGUCUAACAAGCAGAGAGUCCCCCGACCAUCUUCCGAGGCGUCAAUCGAAUUUAUAGCACAAGCUAUGUCAUCACCGCCCAGGACCAAAGUCUCUCGAAUCCCUCAUUCGCAGUCUGAUCAAGCCAUCACGAGAAAAGCCAAGCUUGCAACUUCGUCCCGAUCUCGCUUACAUCCAGAUGUAGCCGAUUUCAUUGUACCAGAUUCCGACGAUUCUUCAGGCAAUCCUCCUGGGCCACACCCAAACAUCACCGAUCGCUCUCCACAGCGUCGUCGACGGGCAACUUCUGAGCAACCCCAAUUUCUAACUACCAAAGCAGCUGUCAGCGCUGCACCCUCCUCUCCUUCCAUCCGAUGCGCAGGGUUCACUCGUAAAGGAGCUCCUUGUCAACGUCUCGUCAAGACUGCGGCACCGUACCUCGCCCUGCUCGAUAUGAAUGCCAGUGACGCAAAACGGUACUGCAAAGAUCAUGCAGGGAUGAUAUGCGAUGUCGAUGGGUUCUACUGGCGAGGCAAGAAUGUAUGGAUUGAAUUCGACAGAUAUAUUCCGGCCGAACUCAGUCUUCAGACCAAGGCCUUGCUUCGGACUACUAUGGAAAGUCCACUCACCGAUAAGUUGUGCGCUCAAGUGCCAGGCUGUCGACACACCCCGACCCUUCGAGACAUCUUCCCUACCCCUUCGAAUGUCUCCUUCCUUCCGGGGGCAUUCCAAGAUGCUCCUACCAUUCCCUGUCGAGCCGUGAAACGGUGGGAGAAACUGGUGCACCUCGAGCUCGCCGACCGCUCAGCAAGUACAGCACCUGGCAAGCUAGAACUUGUCCGAGAAAAGUGUGACGAUUGUCAAGCUGUCCACCGGGAGAUUUUCCCCCUAGGUACAUCAUACGAGACUGUAAAGGAUGUCAUUCGUCGCUGGGAGCGAUUCGUCACGGUCAUUACAUAG